AUGGAAAUGCUUCAUUGCAGAGCAACUGAUAACCCCGGCCAUCCAUUCUAUUCCCCUGACCACGAUACUCCGCUGCCAACGCAUCUCAUCCCUCACAGCAUUUACUCCCUACUUAGAGGCUGCACAGAUUAUUAUGGUAUAGCUGAUUGCUAUGUGUUUUAUGUUAUAAUGGCACCGUACAAGGUUCCGAGAGUUAGGUCUGAUCAGAACUACUUUGUCUAUAAUCUGCAAAUAUCUUUCGAUGCUCACAGGUAG